CAAUCGCGUGUCAAGGGGCGGGACAGGAAUCAACUCGACAAAAUGGCGACCGUUGUUGUUUUGCCGCAGGGUCAGUGAACAACACCAAUUUGUUUUGCCAAAAUCGUACGGUUGCACGCAGAAUUGUCGCAACCAAAAGCCCCAGGCGCCACAGGGUCGACCGCGUGCGGACCGAAAUGAAAGGUAAAGAGCGGUCGCCGCUGAAAAAACGCUCCCGGGCCUUGGACGACAUUCGCGAUCGGGGAGGAUGCCACCCGAGCAGCAAGAAAAUGGGCGCGCUGUCCCUGUCCAGCGGGAGUAAUAAUAAUGGUAACAGCUCGGCCAAGAGUGACGGCGGCUCGACGAGGAGGAGCCUGCUCGGCGAUAAACGGGACCGGGACUUUGACGGACACGGUCGGCUCGGUAACAAUCACAGCUGUCCACCCAGCGUCAUCGGCUCCGUGAGCAAGAACCACGGCAGCCUGAGCCUCUCGUUGGAUUUGGCCGCGGCGAGGAGUACGUCGCGGGGGGACCAGCGGCUGCCUGCUCUCAGCGCCGAGGGUGAAUACAAAACCCUGAAAAUCAGCGACCUGGGCAGCCAGCUAAGCGACGAGGACGUUGAGGACGGGCUUUUUCACGAAUUCAAAAAAUUCGGUGACGUGAGCGUCAAGCUGAGCCGCAGCAACGACGAGCGGAUCGCUUUCGUCAACUUUCGGAAGCCGGAGGACGCCCGGGCGGCCAAGCACGCCAGGGGCCGGCUGGUGCUUUACGACAGGCCGCUGAAAAUCGAGGCGGUGUACAUUAACCGCAGGAGGAGCCGCUCGCCGAUCGAGAGAGACCUCUAUGGCGCUGUGCCGGGCCACAGACACUUGCAGAGGCCCCUGUCACCCACAGGCCUGGGAUACAGAGACUAUCGUCUGCAGCAGUUGGCCUUGGGUCGGCUGGCCCCGCCACCGCCGCCACCCCUUCCCCGCGAGUUGGAGCGGGACCGGGAGUUCGCCCUGUUCGAGGCCCGGGCCCGGCCGGCUUUCAUCGCCGAGCGGGCCGCCUUCCGCGAGGAGGAUUUUAUAUCGCCAGAGGAUGACCAAAGAGCCAAUCGUACCUUGUUUCUGGGCAACUUGGACACCGAGAUUACCGAAGCUGACUUGAGAAGAGCUUUUGACAGAUUUGGCGUCAUUACCGAGGUGGACAUCAAGAGGCCCAUGCGGGACCAGACCAGCACGUAUGGCUUUUUGAAAUUUGAGAACCUGGACAUGGCUCAUCGUGCUAAGCUCAGCAUGUCUGGCAAAAUAGUGGGUUGCAACCCCAUAAAGAUAGGCUAUGGAAAAGCCACACCCACCACACGUCUGUGGGUGGGGGGUCUUGGACACUGGGUGCCCUUGGCUGCCCUCGCCAGAGAAUUUGAUCGCUUUGGCACCAUCAGGACUAUAGACUACAGAAAGGGGGACACCUGGGCCUAUAUUCAGUACGAAAGUCUGGACGCAGCGCAGGCGGCCUGCACGCACAUGCGGGGCUUCCCUCUUGGGGGGCCCGAGAGGAGACUCCGAGUGGACUUUGCUGACACGGAGCAUCGUUACCAGCAGCAGUUCUUGCAACCUCUCCCGAUCGCCCCCUUUGACAUGGUGGCCGAGUCGUUUGUCCACCGUGGUGCGCCAGAGCCUCUGAGGGUUCGAGAAAGGACUCCUCCGCCACUUCAUUUCAGAGACAGGGAGCUCUUCUCUGGCGCCGAGUGGCCUAAUCCUUCGGCUCUCCGCGAGCGGGUGCGGGCCGCCCCGUUUGAGCCCCUUGAGCACUUGCAACGUGAGCGGAGGGCCCGUGAGCCUUGGUCUUUGGAGCGGGAGCUGCAGGGGCGAGAGUUGCACGGGCGAGAACUACACGGGCGAGAGCCUGCACGCAAGCGGCGCCUAAUGGAGGACGGGCGCCACCUCGACCGCUCGCCCGACAGCUCUGACAGGACACUAAGGCGCCGACGCCCCUCUCCGGACGGCAGCCCAGGAGGCAGCAGCAGAGACGGGGGACGAUUCAGUGAUUCAGAGCGCCCCUCGCGAGCCGACAGACUUUCUCCCGCAAGAGAGCGCCAUGGCAGCCUGGAGCGAGGCGGAACAGAGCGGAGACUCAAAGGCCUGUCUGACAAGGGUCUGUCAAGCUGUGCCAUUUCACUGGUUGGCGAGCGUAAACGUAAAUCUGGCGACGGCAGUAAAGGGCUGGCAAAAAGAGAACGCUCCGAGGGUUCCUCCAGAAGCGCCUCCAAAUUGGACGGCACCAAGCUGACUCUGGCCUGGCAGGGAAUGCUUCUGCUGAAAAACAGCAAUUUCCCGGCCAACAUGCACCUGCUGCAGGGAGACCACAGCGUCGCCAGCGAGCUGCUCGCCGACGGGACCACUGGCAAGCAGGUCUGCGAGCUCAAGAUCACCCAACGCCUCCGCCUGGACCAGCCCAAGCUCGACGAGGUUUCCCGGCGCAUCAAGGCGGCCGGCCCCGGGGGCUACGCCGUACUCCUGGCCGUUCCAGGGGCUGCAGCGGAUACAUCAUCCGACCCGGCUGUCUCCACCCAGCGGCCGCUCCGCAACCUGGUGUCCUAUCUCAACCAAAAGCAGGCGGCGGGCGUCAUUGGCCUGCCUGUGGGUGGGAGCCGUGAUAAGGACACCACGGGGGUCCUCCAUGCUUUCCCUCCCUGUGAUUUCUCCCAGCAGUUUCUGGAUUCCUCUGCCAAAGCUCUGGCCAAAAGUGAGGAGGACUAUCUGGUCAUGAUUGUGGUGCGAGGUGCAUCUUAAAACAAACAGCUGAUGAGUCAAAGUGUUUAAAAAAAAAAAAAAAAAAAGGAGGGGGGGGGGGGGGGACAACGACAAGUUCUGUAUACCUUUGCAUGCCGUGUUUUGCAUUUUGGGCUACACUAGUUCGGUUCUUGGGUGUUGGAUGUUGCCAUGUUCUCCACUAAAACCACAGGCGGGUUUUUUCCCCGUUGCAAACAAAAAAGGCGUUUGUUUUUUGGAAAUUUGCAGAGGUUACAUAUUCCUAGACAACCAUUUGGAUUACUUUAAAAACAAUCAUUACUCUUUGUUUCCGAGGGGGGGGAAGCAAAAAUGGAGCCAUAUAGGAAGUGGACACAAUAACAUCUCUAUAGCAAGUGUCAUAUGUAGUAGAAAACGAGGUAAACCAUUCCAAAUGAGCCAAGUGUUAAGUGGACACAUGUUUAAGUGUUCCUGACCUGCACAUGUUAUUGUGUCUGCUGCUCCACAUGCAAAGGAGACAGUUAAGUACACUGAUGAAGAAUGGCAGAAUGUAAAAGUAUGCACAUACUUUACUAAGACAGAAAUUUGCUCAAAUAAUAGAAGUCAUUCAUGUCAUGUUGCUUUCCCUCCAGUGCCACCCCCCUCUUUUUAUAUAUAUAUAUAUAUAUAUAUAUAUAAAUCCAAGCAUUAUCAAAUUGUGUAAUGACACACAGGAUGGCUGGUGGUAACACUGGGGCGAGUUGUGACAUGUUUGACCUUCCGGUGCUUUUGGGUCAACUUUUUUCAUAUUCAGUUAUUGACAAACAUUCUUUUGUGUACACUCUCAAUGUUAGACCACAGCCAGGCCAGGAGGCCACAAGCCGUUAGAGCACUUGUUUAUGGAGGUCUGCUUUUACCAAGAUGAUGACACGAGUUCUUGGUUUUAUAACCGACAAGGAGUGGAUUUACUCUAUACUUGUCAGAUUUUCUUUUUGUUUGUAUAUGUUUAAGUAAAAAUAUGUUUGGGUCUGUUUUAGUAUUUCUAGAUACUAAUAUCUUAAGUUGCAAAUUCCAAAUACAAGUAUUGCAAUUCAGAGCAUCUAUUUGAAGAAAAUGGAAAUAUAGUUAAAAAAAGGGAGCUUUAUUUUGUAUCUGUUUUCCAAAAUUUCCAAAUUGUUAUUUCAAUACUGAGCCCUCCAAAUAUGUAUAUUCAGUGAAAGGUUAACAUCAGUCUUUCUUCCUUAAUCCACCUGGUACAUGAGAGGUUCAGGAACGGCAAUUCUAUUCCUGGCUCAACUUGACCUGGGUGACUUCUAAAGCAAGCACUUAUUAUUUUUGAUUGUCUUGGUAAAGGCAGACAAGCUAUUGUGAGAGCUGUCAUUGGUGUUCUUUGUGCUUUCACAAUAACCAAUUGUAACUUGUGUUUACUCCAUGCUUUAGUUUGUCAUUUAUGUUUUGUUUAUUAGAACUGGCUGCGAAAAUUCAAGGGGCAGAAUAGGAAAAAAAAAAAGUGUUUUGUGUUAACAUUUUGACUGAAACAACAAAAGGGUCCUUAUAACAAUUAGCAAGUUCAGUAAGUAGGGCCAUGGCAUUUUAAUCAUUUCAGUAUUGACAGAAAUCCAUAAUUUGACACUGAUGCCUACAUACUGAACCAGUUUGUACAGUGAAUUACAAAAGUCUACACACCCAUGUUCAAAUGCCAGGUUUUCUCUUGUAGCAAACAGGAGAAAAAUGAAUCUCUUAAAAAAAAAUUGCAUACAUAUACACACCUCGUACACACACACACGUGGCAUUUCAACAGGGGCGUGUAGACUUUUUCUUCUUUACCCACUGUAUGUGUGGAAUCAUCACUGUUCUGAAAUGUAAUGACGCAGGAGGACAGCACGACGACGACCACAACGCCGCAUUCAGAGUGGUCUCACCCUCCCACAGCUCUGCGCUGUGUGAUGACUUCAGUGUAACGUUUGUACGUGCCCAUGUCACGGGGGGGGAAGAAGGAGAGCGAGCUGUUGACGUGGCCGCCCCCCAAAAAAAGUGCAUCAAUAAAUUGUUCAUUUGAAGGAGAAAGCUUCCAAGUUUCUUGGAUGGAAGUGCAUUGAAGAAAACCAGGAAAUGGUUGUGUUUCCCAGGAAGUGAAAUAUUCAGAGAGCGAGAGAAAAAAGGGAGGCCACUCGCUGUUUUGCAUAGAGUUUGCACAAAGUAAAUUACUUCCAGCAAACACAGAGGAGCCGCAAAGCCGCCGGACAGGAGUCCACUCCAAGCACUCCUCUCAGGUGACGCCUGUCAGGUUGCCAUAGCGACCCUCGAGGCCUGACCGCUCAGGGGUGCUAUGUCUGCUUUUGCUUGGGGAGGAGGAUGUUCCACCGUGGAAAUAUUGUUUGCAACAAGCUGCAUCCUCUUGCUUGUCUUCAUCAUCUGAUCCACCCGCCGCAAUUCCGAUGGGAAGGAAUCCACACUGAGGAGCCCUUCAAAUGCACCCCCUGACUUCAUCCGAUCUAUCUUAGCCGUAUUAGCAUGUAGAGAAGAAGGAGUCAAGAUGGGGCCCAUCUGGAGGCGCUUAAUGUCACCCGUCCCUCCCUUGGCUGGCGGGGUGAGUACGAAGGAGGAUGACGACGCUGCCCUGCUAGCUCUGUAUCACUAGCUAAGGCAGUAGUGGUAAGUAAUGAAGUAGAGUGGUUGUCAUGGUAACAUCCCAUCACACACGUACCCAAUCUCAGGAGUUUCAAUAAUCACAUCUAGAAAUACAAAGAAACACUCACCUGGCUUCAAAUGCUUAUUUUCACUCAUAUUCUGAAACUACUGUUUUACAAUCUAUUGCAGCGAGGAACAAAUAAACACUCAACAAUCAGCUGUACUUGCACACACACGACAGACAGAUAAAACUAAACCCAAUGAGUACAAAUAGACCAAAAAGUAUCCCAAAAGGCUUUUGGCAGAUAAAUAUGUACAAUACAUUUCUUAUUGACUGACACUUCCUAGACCAUCUGUAUAGGCUACUUAAUAUAAUAUUGUUUAGCCACAAAUGUGCCAUAUAUGGAGUUAAUUGGGCUCUGAACAAAGACAUCUGUACAUGCAUGAAAGUUGCUUGAGCACACAACAAUAACACAAUUCAGCAGUCAUUUGACCUAAGAUAGUUGAUCUUACUUCACAAUACCGACAAAAUGUUGCAAAAAGCACACCCACCCAUACUGAAAUGCCAAGUGUGAAAUGUGGGUCUGUUUUAGUCAGAAAUAACAACAGAGACUAUAACAAAGCAGCCAUACAAUGACAGCAAAACAAGAACAAAAAGUAACAAAAUAGACAAAAGAAGAUAUCAGUAAUGUUCCGUCAUAAUGUUUAAAAGAGUACCGCUGGGUCCCUAGAACAAACUGACAGAUGAUGCAACUAUAAGGUUGUGGAGUGUCGUCACCCAAAAAGUUAAAUCAACAUUUUGUUUCAACCUGUAUACUACUAACAACAACCUAACUCCCAAAUUGCAAUUACAUAUAUUGUCAUUUAGAGUAGCUUAUCAAGUGGUAGAUUAUUUUUUUUUUUUGACAUGUUCCACUGCUCAACACUAAGACCGCUACACUCUUGAUUCAUUUCUUGCACAUACUACUUUAAAGCACUCUGACCCGCGGGCUCAGUGCAAAUAGAAGCUAAAAGCGUGACAUCAUCGCAAUCCCCACGAGCCACAGGGGAGACGACAACCAAGGCAAUUGGAGUCGAAGCGAGCCUGACAACUUCCAUGCAACUGUUGCUAAUUCAAGAAGUGCAGGGGCAGCGCAGGCUGCCCAUAUUUAGUCUCAGGUCAACAGCAUUGGUUGGCAGCCACAUUUCAAAUCCAAAUGACACAUUGUGCCCUUUACAGUAUUGCCUUUGGUGUGUCUGGCACACUUUGCCCACAUUCUCUGCCACGCGUUCACUGAUGAGUGAUCCUACGCCACUUCAAUGCAACCAUCUUGAUGUUGGUCAAGUCAUCUAAACUUGAUUAUCCCUAUUAACUUCAGAGAAAAAGAUGACACUUAUCCUGGGUAGGGAUUUUGCUCUUGGGCCUCUUUUUAUCUCCUCUCCAAAUGAGCUGGCCCUUGAGCACAACAUUUUGAUCAACUACAGGCAACACCAUUAACUUGAAUACAAAUCGCUUUUGAAAAGAUGCUCAUGUGUCUUGUUAGAGCAAUUCUAGAGUCUCAUGAUAUUAUAACGCAAAUAUUCUCAAUUUUAAUUCUUCAGCACUUCAAGCAGCAACCACAGCUGUGAGAAAAUGUUGUAUAUAAAAGAUCAAAUAAAAUGAUUAAUGAAUAAUACAAAAGAAAAAUUACAUUCUUGUUUCUAAGCAGAUAAACAAUGCCCACUUUCAGAAUAAAAAAUAUCUACUUUUCCUCUCAUUAAAUAACAGACCAGUACUGAGAAAAAAAUAAUUCCCUGUGCAAGCUAUCAAAUCAAUACGCUUAGCUAACACUGUGAUGUAAUAAAAAUACAAUAAUAGCUCAAUGAUGACAUCUGAAAAAAUAGGCUCCAUCUUCAAGAUGGAGAAUUUGCUGAGGGCUUUUAAAACUACUCCAAGACGACACGUCCACCACACAAAUCAUUCUUGUAGCCAAAGCAAAUACAGAUUUCUGUUUUCAAAUGUAUCAAGUAAAGGUCGUCAGAAAAUGAAUUGCUGAUGUAUAGAUGCCUGAAAAAUCUGUAAUGAAGUAUUCAUAUUAUCACAUAAGCAGUAAGUAUUACGUAGUAUGAUUAUCAUCUCCUUGGGCAAAAGCAUCUGUCAUAGCCUAUACAAUCAGUUGACAAGGGUUCAUACAUUUAGAAACGUCCAUCAAUCAAAAAUGAGCCGGGUGAACUUACAGCCUACAACAAAUGUACAGGAAAAAAAAAAACAUGUUUGUGCUUCCUUUGCCAGGCUCUCAUCGAAGAAGGCUGCUUUGUCCACAGGCCACUGAACACACCACCAUUGCUGGUCUGCUGUAAGUAAAGUAUUUUCACUCGUGUUAAAGGUACGCAAGGUAAGUUUAUUUUUUCAUUGUGUCUACAAAAAUUUACUCACUACUUCCAGGUGGCAAACGGACAUUUUAGCUGUUUUUGUCAUUAUUUACAGUUUAGGUUAGCGCUGGUGAAGUUCGUUUUGCCCAUCUGGAAGCACCAUUUUGCCCUUUGUGUUAAAACAUGAAAUGGUCUAUAGCCCUGCUUGUACUCUACAAAUCUCUCUGUCUGCAACAAUUUCAAUAAAAACAGUUCAAUUCAA